CGAGAACCACAACCUCUUUUUUCCUUGCGAAAACAACACCCAAUAUGGAGAAUGUUUUUCACAAGUAGGGAAGAUUCGAAGCAUCAUGAGCCAAUUAUACCAAAUCUAUAACCAUGCGAGGACCAGCCCCGGUGCCGCGACGUCCAGUUUCGCUGGGUCGUUUUUUCGGUGUAACUACUAAACAUUUUCAUUUGAUGCCCUGCUCCUGACCCUGAGCACACCACAAAAGAUGGCCGAGGCGGAAUGUAUUUACAAGUCCCACCUCGUGGAGGGCGGGAUGUCGCAGCACACCCGCCAGAUACGGUUCGACCAAGUUGUGCUGCUGAAAAAGAUAGUAAUUCUAAAUCGGAACGACUCUGUGCUCGACCGCGGCAUCGAGUUUGUUGGGCAAACGCACCCCCUCGUGAAGCCAAACCGGUUGCAAAUAUGGGUGAAGGAGGACACCCCGCCCGAGCAAACGCAAAAUGCUCGGGUAGGCGGGUCACCCAAGCAGAAGAAAAACCCAGCCAGCCACGGCAGCCUCUUCACCGCACUCGAAGGUAAGCAAAGCGCCGCGCCUGCGCCGACCGGGUACCGCGGGAAAGGGGGCAAGGGUACUAAUCAUGUUUUUUUUUGCACAGUGUGCGGUUUGUUUCCUCGAGCUGUAUCUAUCGAGAACAAGAACACGGCGAAUAAGUGGUGCCCUGACAAUUGUUUGAUGUUGAUGUUGCGCAUUCUAUUAAUUUUUGAAAUCCAACAACGAAUCGGAACCCGGCAGGUGACGUGGGCAUUGUGUACACAUGUCCCGGGAGGAAGGUGGAGGUCGAUUCCCUAGUGUUGCAAGGCGAGUUCACGAAGUUGUCGUUGAUGAUCUUCGCCGUGCCGCUGAACCGCAAGUCGAUGAGCUACGAGGACCGCAAGCCGAAACUGCAGUACAAGUGUCUCCGGCAACCGUUACCGCCGGAGGGGCUCGACGUGGAACCGUCCUCCGGGAACAGCCAGUUCUUCGCCGGGGCCGAGUGGGCCCUGCCCGACGCUGCCUUGUUCCGACCCGUGGAAGCUGUCUCCGGGCCGGAUCCAGCCAAGGUGAAGCACACGGAAGCGACCGUCAGCAGCUGUCUGCAGCGGCUGCUGGAGACCGGCCUCGCGGGCGUGCUUCCGGUCUGCAAUUUUUUGCUCAAGGGCGAAAAGAGCAAAGAUUUCCUACCUGCGGACGUCACCACUGCUCUCGCAUCCGGGGCUUUGGAAAGUAUACCAGAUGCGGGGUUUUGCUUUCUCGAACGUAAACCCGACCUGCAACGCGCCUGCGCCAAGAUCCUGUGGACGCAGAUUCUCAGAAAUCGUGCGGACCAAGCGAUCGUUCUGGAGUUCAUGGCCAAUGUGCUCGCAAAAGAUCCGAGGUUUGCGGAGAAUCUCUGCAAGGAUUCCCUCUUUCUGCCGGUCAUGAGCAACGCCCACCGGUCCACCAUCACAAGGUGCAGUCAGGGCGCCGGACACCUGCGCGGCAGGAAGCGAAGACGAAUCAUGCGCGCCGCAAAUAACGCGGGUGCCGGUCUCGUAGUACCCGCACAUAACAACAGCGCGUACGUGACCGACCUAGGACGGGCCGGCAGUUGUUCCUCGGGCGCCGAUAGCGACGGGGGGACACAACAUCAAAUUGCGAAGGCGGCCGCGCGACUAGCAUUUACGCACGUGGAGUUUCGCAAUCACGGAAAUUUCAAGAAGAAAGUGUUGCUGGAGCGGCUGCUGCAGAACAAAAACGUUGUUGCGGUGUUUGCGCGAUGGCACGACGACCGCGCAAAGAGCGUUCCCACACUUCUGCCAGCGUCCGACCACGAUGAGGAGUUUCUUUGGGGCUACUACCCGAGGUCACAGUUCGAAAGUCGCGUGAAGGUGUGGAAGGCGCUCCACCAGCUCGAAGUUGCGCUCGCGGAAGUGGAUGAAAGUGGUACAACAAGAACCGACACGACGACGACACAACAAGAAAGCGCGCAGCUCUCAGCAAGAACGAAGGCUCGUGCGGCCGCGCUUAAAAACCUCCUGGAUGUGCUGGCCCACGUAACGAGUUUUUUCAAGCAGGCGCGCGAGGGCAGUACGGAGGUGGUAUCCUCCUCCUGGUCAACAUCGUCUGGCCAAAAAACCGCAGUAGAGAGGCGGAGCGUACCGGAUGCCGUGCAGUUCCUCUUGCGUGAAUUCGCCUUUCCGUCUUUGUUACAGCGCGCAUACUUCGUGAACCCGGUCGCGACCGCGCGGGUGAUUUACCUGCUGCUUACCUGUCGCGGUGGCGCAACGGCGCUAGCGCUUCACGAGCAGUCCUCCUCGCUGCGGGGAGCACUGAGUACGCCGGAGCUGAAAACCGCGGACCAGCUGCAGCGGCUUCUCGAGACCUCGGUGGACGAGCUACCAUUAUUCGCUGAGGUGUUCCUACCGAAGGACAGCGAGGAAGAGGAACACGGUUCUGUGGCUGCCACGUGGUCCGUGCAGUCACAGCGGCUGGUGCGGAGUUUACCACUGCUGGUUGCCGCACAUGGCUUCGCGGAACUGGUGAUGCAGAAAUUUGUCGAGGAGGCAAAUAGCAACCGCAACGUGCUUCACUCCAAAAAGCUCGCGCAACUGGCGAAGCUGCUGCACGACGCCGCCGCUUUUCCGCUCGGGAGAUUUGUGGUCUUUCGUGCCGCGAUGCUCGGGGGUAGUAGUAGUCACACGAGCAGACCUGCUCCGGGGCAGCAAUUGUCCUACAGCAGCAAUCCGAACGCCAGCCCGUUCCAGGUUUUGUUAGACUGCCUGGAGGAGUCGGUGGAGGCGGUGCAAAAGGCGCCCGAGCGAACGUUUUUUCCGCUGCCGCGGUUUCUCACCGCUCUUCUGCACCGUUUCCUCGUGUCUUCUGCACCGGCCGCCGCGGAGGAUGACGAAGUGCUGAUUCUGCAGUGCGCGCAGCGGUAUGGGAGAAACAUCCUGCAAAUCGCAUCUCUGCUGCAGCAGAACAUCACCCACCACCCUCGGCUGGACGUCGAGAGCGCCGAGCAAGAGCAGACGGAGAAGCUGCGGGUGAUGGUGCAAGGCGGCCGGCGGGAGAUGGACAGCUUUUUUGACCAACAGGUGGCCGAGUUGCAAACCCAGCUGCACGUGUUUCGUCGCGACACGGAAUACCCCCGCGCGGAGUCGGUGCUCUCCCACGUGGAACAAUUUGGCGGCGUGGCGCCCGGGGAGGCAGCCGCGCAAGCGCAGAGCGCCACAACUUUGAACGACAAUUCUACCACGCCCCUCUAUGACUGGGAUUUCAAGCGGCUCACGUCCACCGAUACGCACCACUACUUCAAGAAGUGCCUUAAGCAGCUCGGGUUCGCGGCGCACCGCUGCAAGAGCGUGGACAUUGUUGAAGUGCAGUAUCCGGAUUCAGCCGCCGCUGUUGCUGCCGAUGCGAAAGGUAGUGGCGGAACAUCAGCUGCCGCUGGAACUGCUACCGGCGCCCCAGGUGCUGGCACCGCGGCCCCAGGAGGUCCGAGCGCGGCGAAACUGGAGCAGUUGCCGUCGGCGAGUUUGUUGAGCGAGGUGCCGCUGCUCGCUUGGUGGUACCUUGCGCACAGAACCGGGCAGAAUCCGAAGUUCUGCAUCGAUCUGUUUCUGGCGGACGCGGUGCAACAAGCUUCCGUGGCCGACGACAAGAGGGAACUGCACUGGGCCGGCGACGAGAGCGUCCGCCACAAUAUUAACCCGUCGAGGAACGAGCGCGAGGCCUUGAGUGAUCGGUUUCGCAACACGCACAAUCAACCGCAGGAAAUAUUCAACAAGUUCCAGCGCGUCGUGCACUGCACGUUGGUGAAGUGCGCCGGCGGGCUGGGGUUGAAUUUGGAGGCCGCCGCGCUGCAGACAGAAGACCUGCUCUUUGCCGAGGAGUGCUACGAAAUUCAAGAACGAUAUCUGCUUCUAGCAGAAGCCGUCUGUCGGACGCUCGCGCACGUGCUCGCUGCGGUUUCGUUUCUGCCGAAGUACCAGUCGGAAGACUUGUGGAAGUCGCUGUUUCUGCUCACGUCUCGGUUGUGCGGUGGAAAUUUCUUCCAGGUCCACGGUGUAAGGCGCUCGCCGCUGUACCGCGCUGCUUCGCGCGCAGUCGGGGCCCUGACGCAAGUGUUCCACGCCUGGGCCCGCAACUUCGUGCGGCUUUCCGCCGUGGGCGUGCACAAUCUCCUCCCCCGCACCAUCGAGUUCGCCACUUCCCUGCCGCAGAACUACACGGCGGGGCUCUUGGUGUUUGUCACCCUGGGUGCCUGUGAGAAGGAGCUGUUCGGCACCACGAAGCUGCGGUACCUGGAGCUGGACCUGGUGCUGGAUGGCCCGGCGAACACGCCGCAUCUGGCGGCCGCGGCCUGCCGCCCGGUUGCGGAUCGACUGCGAACCGUGUGGAAGAUGGAGAACGUCUCGCAGCUCCGCGAGACCGAGCCGUUUGUCGAGGACGCGGAGAUCGUGAAAAGGGGAAAGAACGACAAAAAGCUCGUGAACCAAGACCUCGUGAAGCACCUCAGUACGCCGACCGGGCUCUCCUUUCGGACCGACAUCGACCCCGUCCUCAAUCGCGUGCCGCACGUCUUCUGCAGCCCGGCGCCUUUCGCCAAUGGCAGCAGGAGCUCCUUCAACACUGCUGCGAACGGAGGUUUCGUGCAGGCCGGCAGCCGCGGUGGCCGGAGUACAACUAGGGAUCAUCUCACGACCACUCGUCAGGUGGACCUGAACGGCGACGCUCUGUUUCCGCACGUGUCGAUUUCCCAACCGGCACAGGAGCGGUCGCUGCUGAACUGCGUGACCCAGCUCCCCGGCACCGACCGGGUCGAGAUCCCGAUCGGUUUGACCGACGAGAACGAGCAAUCGCGGAGGCGACACACGCGGACCGUACUAGAGGAGGACAAUCGGUUUACGGAGCUGAAUGUGCUGGACUUGUGCGAGAUGAGCUACCAUACCGUGUGCUUGAGCCUGUCGUCCACACCGCUGCUCCACGUACUCGCCGCGCACGCACUCGUCAAGCUCCACCGGGACUGCCACGUCAAGUGGCUCCGGGCCGCCUUGAAGCUGACCACCGACCUCUUGACCGAAGCGGAAAACCGCAUCGGGGAACUACAAGCGGACAAGCCCAAAACCGCGCACGACAAGAACGUGAUCCACGCCUCCUUCAAACGGCCGCUCCAAGCGGUGGGACGGCAGCUGCUGGUACUCGCCCGCUGUGUCGAGUUGUCCGUCGAGGGGGUUUUGCAGCAGGAAGCCGGUCAGAUUCUGGAGGCGGUAGGAGUGCGGCUGCUGCACCUGUGCAACAAGCACGAGGCGCAGGGUCUGGAGCCCCUCGUGGACAUUGUCUUCCGCAUCUUGUUACCGCUGGUGAUGGGUGGGACUUACCGAACGUCCUUAAGCAUGGGACAACUUGAGGAAGAGAAGAUGAAGAUGAACACCGGGGGUGUAUCAACAGCAUUCCAAGGGAGCGUCGACUCGAAGCCCACCACCCUUGCGUUGAGUGACGAGACCGCCCAGAACAUUGCUAUGAUGAACCAACUCCUCAGCGGGAACAGAAACAGCACCGAGGGUGGUGCAAAGCCGCCGAGCAAAGAUUCGAUCGCUUCAGUGCCAAGUGUGGACGGCGCUCUUUCUGGCAGCGGUAAUAGGGUGGACAUGCGGACGCGGAAGCGGUUCUUCUAUAUCGACCCCCAAGUGCCUUCGCUCCCCAGUGUGGCGGUCCGCAGUCUGAGCAAAUCCAUUUGUACGCAGGUGUUCGAGCAAGCCAAAAGUUCGCACGAGCUGGUGGAGAACGGGAUGGCAUUGUUGUUGCGCCUGUACGCUUCGGAACGGUACCUGUUCCCCAUUCUGUACCAGCCCGAUGAACUCGGUACGACGAAACUGCUGUUCUCGCAAGAGGAGCUUUCGCCGACGAAAAAGAAGAACAAAACCACCUACCUCUUGAAUCCCGCCUUCAAGCUAGAUUCGUUCCUCACCAAGUUUGCUUCGGAGGUUGCCGCUGUUUCCUCCGAGACGGAGGAGGGCUUCGCCAGCGUCACGCGCACGGUCCGCGAUCUGGCGGAGUUGUGCGCCCGAACCGCUCGGGACGCGCGCGCCUUUGGGUUCGAGACUUCGCGAGUACUGGGCGCCGCCGCGCCCGCGGCACUCCACGCACUCUUAUCCCCAGAGGCGAACUCCGCGUGGGUGGAUGCGGGAUACCAGCAGCUUGCCAAUAAUUCGGAAGAUACAACUUCAACGUCGACCCAGCACGAUGCUGUGCCGCGCUCCUGGUUUACCACCGAGGCGCCAAAACUGCUGGAGUUCAUCACUGCUUCAUUCCCAGCCGCUGCAGGAGCGCCAACUUCUACCAGCACGCCAUUGCUACUCUCGGAAACGAAUCCAGACGCGGCGUUCGUCGCCGAGAACUACCACCGCGGCGGAAGCUUGACCACACCGCCCCCGGCCAGAAUUUUCGAUAUCAGCGUCACAUCGCCGGACCGGCAGCACGCGUUGCAAGCGCAACACGCCAAGACCGGGGGUCGACAGUUGUGCCAGCAGAUCUUGGCCUCCGUGGAGAAGCUCGAGCUCUCAGAGGAAUGGCAGCGCUUCGCAAUCUUGGAAAAGUCGCUCGCGGGCGAGUCGGAGUGGUAUACUAUAAAACAAUACCUGAAAUGAAAUAGUAUGAUCACUUCCAUUUGCUAGGUGCACCGAUGCAUGAUCGCUAAACGUAGACGCACGUAGGGAUAUUCUGGUCUGUGUCCUUUGACUUUUGCUUAGUUUGUGCCACGCAUGCUGUGGUGACGAAAAUGAUUUUUCCAAUUUGUUGUCUUCAAUCAGGUUAUUCGAUUCCUCGGUGGACCGCCACAAGCAAACAAUGCUGGAGCAGAACCUCGCUGUGAGAAAAAAGCAGCGUAUGAAUGAGGCUUUGGAAUCCCAGCAGGCCGAAGAUUACUGGACGAGCGACGCGCAUUACGGUCAGUACUAUCGGCGCGACAAAACGGCGAAGGCCAAGCAACUCGCGCUCGGGAACCAACACAACUCGGAAAUGAAAGCGCUCGUGGAUGCGCAGUUUAUUGCCAGCUUCAUGGCCAAUCAACAACAACAGCAGCAGGCUCCACCCCCACCGCCAGCAAACCCAGCCGCGGCUGCUGCAGCGGCUCCCCCGUCCGCCACUGCCGGUACUGAUGCUUUGUUCGUUUAUAUUUUCAGCAUUGCUUGUUUAUGAUAUGUUGAGCUUCCGUCUACUAUCGAGUUUCACUUUCGAGUGAUCGAACCGUUUCUGAGUGACAUAAUAGACGUGUCUCUCCUGAAGAAGCAAGCUACACUUCCACAAGUGAGUUUUCUGCUCCAAAAUAAUCACAGCUCCGGCUGCUCCGGAAGCAGUCGUACCCCCCACGACCGCACCUGCGCCGGCUGCGCCCGCGCCCGUGCGCACCUUGGCGGAGGAGUUUCAGGCCAUCGCGGCGAAGGGACCGACGGAGAAACGCGCGGUGAAGGAUCCCAACCGACUGAAAACCGAUCCACGUAUGAAAAGUGUUAUUGCGCAGUAUUUGGACGAAUUCCCGCUGGUAAAAAAGUUUCUCGAAGAAGACUGAGGCCGUUCUCCUGGCUAAAAAGCUCCAACAAGGAAUAAAUUGUCCGCUGAGCGACCACGAACAACAUCCAAGAUUCACGUCUACAUAAGUACCAUAGAGCGCAAGUAGACUCAAUAGAAUCAAUAGAUUUAUCGCACCCUGCUGCUUAACUCGUGCCAGAACAAUGGCAGGGGCCUGAGCUUCUACUUUUGUUCGAUUUCGACCUU